UCAAGUGAUUUGGUGAAGGAGAAGGUGGAUUUAUUUCGCUCUGGAUUGCAAAUAAAGAGCUAACGGAGGAAAAUCUAUCGAGGCAGGUAACUUUUUCUUAUCGUUAAUCUUCCGCAUCCAAUUUUGGAUGCUCAUCAUCCUAGAUUUCCAUCUAUAUUUAGACAGAGAAAGAAAACGAUAAACAAAUCUUUCUCUCUCUGUUUACAGUUUUUUUUUGUGCGUGUUCAUCUGAGAAAACCUCUUUGACUUUUCCAUUAUAUUAUUCCAUUUAAGCUUAUGCCAUUCUGUAUUAUUGUAAUCGGGUGUUUGAUGUAGCAAUCAUUCUUAUGAGGUUUCUUUCAUGCUUGUUCCUCCUUCUUCUCACCCUCCUUUUCCCUUGUAAGGCCCGCCUCACAAGGUGACGGCAUGGAAAAUAUAAUUUUCUGCAACAGUUUGAUUCUUCUACCCUGCUCUCCUGCCUUCAAUUACUACUUCCGCAGGACCUAACCACACAUUCCGUUUCCAGAGACAUUUUGGCCCCAAAUAUAUAUAUAUAUAUAGAUUUUCCCUGUUUUUUGUUUCUUGUUGGGCACCAGCCUCUUGCAGUAUGGGGGUUUGUUGUAGCAAGGGCGCAGGGAUAAUUGUUGAGAAUGGCACGGAUGAUGGUAAUGAACAUGGAGACGCAGAGGCUGAUGUAAGGGACACAAACGAUGGUGCCAUCAUAAGGUCCAGCGGAUCAUCCAAACACGUUUCCAUGGCAAUCAAACAAGGCAAAAAGGGGAUCAAUCAAGACGCCAUGACAGUCUGGGAGAACUUUGGUGGGGAGGAAGAUAUGAUCUUUUGCGGUGUAUUUGACGGUCACGGCCCCAUGGGUCACAAGAUCUCUCGUCACAUAUGUGACAGUCUACCUUCAAGGGUCCAUUCGAGAAUCAGAUGUGGCGGCAAUGUAAACAUAGAGAAUGAUAAUAAUUCAAAGAGCCAGGAGGGUUUCUUGGAGAAAGUGCUAGUGACACUCUUUAAGCGAAUAGACAGCGAACUUGGUCUCGACUCUCCUUAUGAUAGUUUUUGCAGCGGCACAACUGCUGUAACCGUCCUUAAACAGGGUGACUGCUUGGUGAUCGCCAACUUGGGAGAUUCACGAGCUGUUCUAGGCACCCGUGGAAGCAAGAACAAUCUCAAAGCUGUCCAACUCACGGUUGAUCUGAAACCCUGUGUCCAACGAGAAGCAGAGAGAAUAGUAGCAUGCAAAGGAAGGGUGUUUGCGAUGGAAGAGGAACCUGAUGUGUAUAGAGUGUGGAUGCCUGAUGAUGAUUGCCCUGGACUCGCAAUGUCGAGGGCGUUUGGUGAUUUCUGCCUCAAAGACUAUGGACUUCUCUGCGUUCCUGAGGUCUUUUUCAGAAAAGUCGGUAGAGAAGACGAGUUUGUGGUUCUAGCCACCGAUGGGACUGUCUUCUAUUCUGUGAACAGAUUUGGGAUGUUUUGUCAAACGAAGAAGUGGUGAAGAUUGUGGGUUCCUGCAAGGACCGGUCAGUGGCCGCAGACACGUUGGUUCAGAGAGCAGCUCGGGCAUGGAGAACGAAGUUUCCAACCUCUAAAGCUGAUGACUGCGCCGUGGUGGUGCUUUACCUGAACCACCCAAGAGAAGGGAACGUGAGCAGAGCGGUAUCGACUGUUUCUUGGAGAUCAGGUAAAAGCAAUAGAGUAUAAUGGAGUCGCACCAGAGUCUACCGCAAAGUAGGAUAUGAUGGUUUGAACCUGUUGAGUGUAUUUGAUGCUUACUCAACAUGAAACUUUUAUUUGUGCAUAAAAUAACUCUUGUGUUUCUGUGUAUAUAUAUUGUUUAACAAAGCAAUUGAAAAAGGGAUAAAUAAAAGUAGAUGAGCUAAUAAUGUA